AUGCGGCGUGGUCAAUGGCUUGACACCUUCGUCCCAGGCGUCCCCAAGCCAGGCGGCUUCACAAUUACCAGCCCGCCCUCCAAAGCCGCCCUCCCGUCCUCGGCAUACCUCGAGCUCGCAGUGCAAAAGUCGCCAUCAAACCCGCCCGCCGCAUGGCUCUGGGGUCGCCCCGUUGACGACGGGUACCCUGGCGGUCACAGCCACAGCUCCGAGAAUGAGCCGGCGCAGCUCCUGGUCCGAGUCGGCGGGUCCUUCGUGUGGCCGCCGCAUGGCAUCGACCUUACCCGUCUACAACGGAUAGUCUUCGUCGCAGGUGGCGUGGGGAUUAACCCGCUCAUGAGCAUCCUUAGCCACCUCGCCGAGGGAGGUGAAAGUCCGUACAACGUGCAGUUUUUGUACUCGACAAAGACGCCGGCCGAGGGUCUAGACUCGGGGAAGAUCCUCUUUCUGGAGCGGUUGGCAGCCAUCUAUGGGCGAGAAAAGGUACGAGGUCGGCUGAGGCUAUUUCUGACGAACCUACAGGAGACUUCCGGGUCUGAUGAAACCGUUCUGCCGUGUAAUGAGGUGGAAGUCCCGUUCAAGAAGCGCCGCAUGACCCUGGAGGAUGUGGCAGAGGCAUUGGGGCCGAAGGAGGAGUACGGGUCCGCGGUGGUGUAUGUUUGCGGGGUACCGGCCAUGACGGACAAGUUUGUGGGUGAUCUCACAUCCCCAGAUGGUCUGGGAUUGAAGGCCGAACAGGUCUUUUGUGAGAAGUGGUGGUAA